GGAUGUCUAGGAGCACUAGAUGGAACCUACAUUGAUGUGCGAGUUCCUUCCAUUGACAAGGCACGAUAUAGAAACCGUAAGGGUAGUGUAUCUAUUAAUGUACUUGGCGUUUGCGAUAAAAAUAUGAACUUUGUGUACAUGCUAAGUGGUUGGGAGGGGUCAGCUGCGGAUAGUCGUGUCUUGCGCGAUGCGGUUACUAGGACGAAUGGUCUACGCGUUUCAAACGGAAAUUAUUAUUUGGUGGAUGGUGGGUAUACGAAUGGUCCUGGGUUUUUAGCGCCAUAUAGGGGUGUCAGAUACCACUUACAGGAAUGGGGUACCGGAAAUCGCAGGCCACGAAACUUUAGAGAAUUGUACAACCUUCGUCAUGCUAAGGCUAGAAAUGUGAUUGAGCGUGCGUUUGGUAUUUUGAAGAUGCGAUGGGCAAUUCUUAGGAGUUGUUCAUAUUAUACCAUUAGGACACAAAAUCGCAUUAUUAUGGCAUGUGCGCUCCUCCACAACUUCAUACGCACCUCAAUGGCUAAUGAUCCCAUGGAAGCACUAGUCCAUGAGAUACCGACUAACGGAGUGUCCACAACUACGAAUGAAGAUGAGUUGAUAGACCAGGUGGAGGCUAGCCCGGAAUGGACACAAUUUCGUGACCGAUUGGCACAAGAUAUUAUUGUCUGCACAGGUAUCACCAUGGACUAUUCGUGUAGCCAUGAAACUGGGAGGGCUUCUUCACAACCGAGUCGACGCCGUGUUUGGAGUCCUGCUGAGGAGCAUGCCCUAAUAGAUAUUUUAAAAGAUAUUGUUAACGAGGGUUGGAGGGCAGACAAUGGUUUUAGGCAGGGUUACAAUUUUGAGAUUGAGAGAAGAUUGAAGUUGAAGUUUCCUAAUUGUACCAUUCGUGCGGACCCUCACAUAAGCUCCAAGAUUCACGUUUGGAGGAAGAACUAUGUGAGCGUGGCACUCAUAAAAGGUAAUUCGGGCUUUGGGUGGAAUGAGAUUACCAAAACUUUUUCCUGCGAAGAUCAUGUAUGGAUAGCAUGGUUAAAG